AUGUCGACUUUACCAGACGGAAUCGACGUGUUCAACUCGACCAUAAAAACAGACGACAGAAACGCCUACAAGAAUGCCUUGGCGGAACACGCUGACUGGAACCACUGGUCGUUCGAGGUGGUGGACGGUUUCUUCAAGCAGCUGUUGCCAGAGACUGACGAAACCACAUUCGACUACUUCAAGGAGAAUUUCGGCAGAAUAAAGCUGUGGGAUCAGACGUUCAAGGAGCUCGACCAGCUCAACGAGGAAGCAGACGACGACACAGUAUACAAACUCUUCUUCUUGGGCCGCCACGGGCAGGGUUUCCACAAUUUGGCCAACUUGAAGUACGGUGAGAAGGAGUGGAAUAGACACUGGCUGCGUGUAUGUGGCGACGGAGAGAUCACAUGGGCUCCAGAUCCAGAGCUCACGGAUUUGGGCAUCUCCCAGGCCAAGGAUAACCUGAAUCAGAUCGCCAUUGAGAAGAAAGACGGGAUGAGGUUGCCUUCCAAGUACUACCUGUCUCCGUUCCGUCGUUCUGUCGAUACACUCAUAGGAACCUGGGAGGAGCACGUGAACAUCAAGGAGGUGGCUCCAUUGAUCAAAGAAGAUUUUAGAGAAACGAUUGGUAUACACAUUUGCGAUAAGAGAUCGCCUAGAAGUGUAAUAGAGAAAAAGUACUCCGGCAGAGGCUUCCAGAUCGAGGAUGGCUUUGAGGAGGAAGAUAUUUAUUUCAAAAAUGACUAUAGAGAGAAAGUGUGGGAGCAGGCCUUGAGAAUGAACGGACUGUUUAACUACAUUUUCGACAAUACCGACAGGAAGAAAGAUCUGUUUGUCAGUAUCACCUCGCAUUCUGGAUCCAUCAGAACACAAUUGAUGGUUUUAGGACAUCGUGCAUUUGCCAUUGGCACUGGAGGGAUGAUUCCUGUUUUGGUGAAGGCGAAGAAGUUGGAUGAAAAGGGACUCACAAAGAUCAUUAUGUGA